UUAGUGUUUUCACAGAGAACUUGCAAUGUGUUGUUAAUUGUUAUUACAAUGGCCUAUUAGCAUUCUGAAGCAUUUCACUAGGGUUGACCUGACUUACAAGUGGUACCUUUGGGAAGAGAUGCUUUGCGAUCUGCUUCUUGCCAUCUUCAUCCAAUGGUUGCUGUCUGUGAACGUCCUGCAAGCAGAACUGGAGCAAAUUUGCAGGCUUUGAUUGGCUCUCCAACGGCUGCACGGUACUUUUGAUGUGCUUGGGAUGAUUAAGCAUCAUCAUGGCACUUCUGGGGCCCACGGUAUCGAAUUUGAAGGAAAUAUCUGCGUCGACUUCCACUGCUGCUGCAAUGAAAUCUCUGCUGCCUUCAGAUUUAAAAAAGUACGUGCUUGCGAGCACAUCUUCGCUCGGAGGAAAUAGCCAUGCGUUGUCCCAUAAGCCGAGAGCGAAGGGCUUCUAUAAUAAUGCAACGAGGAGUAGUUUAAAAAGGCUAGGCAGUCGCCCGUUGCUUUUUGAUCGGGAUAACUUCCGCGGUGUCUCGAGCGCAGUCAAAUCUCGGACGGACCUUGCAGCACAGCCUGGUCCUGUGCAGGAUCAAGUUAAAAGAAAGCGGCAAAGGGUAAAGAAACGAUGGAAAACCGGAUAUAAAAAGAAAGAAACUAUCUCAAAAGAAUUACAAACUAAUGUUAUAACUUCCCAGAAAGCCGUCGUUAGUAACUGUCCUACAGGGAAAAAUACCUCUACUGUUGUAUCCAAUCAUCUUAAGGAAAUAGCGAGAACAUCUUCAUAUCAGACAUCACGAUUUACUGAUACUCAUUUACAAGCUGGAGCUUCAACUUAUACGUGUCUCUCUGAAAAUUCUAGGCCAAAUUUAGAAUCCAUUCCUUCUGAACUCGGUAUCUGUAUCUCACAUGAUCAAAAUAAAUUGAAGUUUUCUCAACAAAUUCAAGCAAUGUUUCCAAAAUUAAACUUACCUGCGAGUGCCAGUAGCAUCGCCAAAGAAGAGACCUCUGCUAUUCCUUCUAUUUUCGAGUGCGUUUGCAGUCAACCCUCACUGAUCAAAACUCAUCUCGGUCCCUGCAAACCUCAGGUUUCCACACAUCUGGAAAACCUUGUUCCUGUUCAACUUGAAGUAGACAUCGACACAGAGCCUGCAUCUCCUGGAUCUUGUACUUCUAGGGCGAGCUAUACGUCAUCCUCUUCUUCUUCUUGCUCUAAAAAUUUUCAAGUAAUAAAUUUGGAGGAAAACUCUGUGUGUAGUACAAGAUCUCAACCAAAUGAUGAACUUGCUAGAGUUUCUAACUCGGUCGCUGGAAAUUGCAAUCGUUUUCUUAGGCAGGAAACUGCACCUGAAGAAGCGGCACUCGCUGAUGUCACUGCCGAAGAUUCAUCAUCAGCCGCGCCUUCUACUUGCUCACCAAAUCCUAUUUCCCAGCUUCCUUGUCGAGCACAGAAGCGGAAACGAAAGUGGACCAAAUUUUUGGCUAAGACAAAACAGCUCAAACUUUCUCCUGUAAACGUAACGUCUGUUAGUAGUGAUGGCUAUGAGAAAGUUGUCGAACGUUGCACAGAGCCAAUCUCUGUUCCUCAUAAUGAAAGUGAAAAUGUCGAAUUACUUCAGAUGUCCGAGUUGUUUCAAGAGACCUCACCGGGCGAGAUCUGUUCGCAUGAACCGAGCUACGGAUCAGAUCCAUGCAUUGGGUGCAACGCCAGUUCAGGAGCAGUCAUACCGGUGUCUUUACCUACUCAGUCAUCGCUAUCUUCUUCGUCUUCUUCUUAUGCUUCAGCCUCGUCAUCGUUCCACUGCUCGAGGAAAGUCCCGUCUUCUCAUUCAUCGUCAGAUUCGGUGUCAUGUCCCGUAAGAAAUUUAAGGUCUUCAGUUAAAGCAAAGGAAAUAUCGCUUAAUUCAGUUAUCAGCCCGACUGAAACGACUGGGAACUCCAGUUUUAGGUUGCAUGCCGACUCGGCUGUACCGGCUGACGUGAAUAAAUCAGCUGAUAGCCCGAAUAGCGAAAUUGUCGUGAAGAAAAUUCAGUCUCCUUCCGCUUACUGGGAUCGAAGAGCCGUAAAUACCGCUGAUGAUGCUGCUGCAAGUUUUUACUCUGCAUGUGGCCAUAUGGAAGAACCUGAACAUGCGCCUUCUAAGCACGGCCCAAUGACGCCUGAAACUUUUGAUGUUUUGCGACGUGGUUGUAACUCCUACCUGAAGAAAAACGUCUCUUUUGAUAGCAAGUUGUCCCGCGUUCGUCGUAAACGAGUUUUGAGAAGCGAUGCUGCGUCCAUAGAUGCAUCUGCGAUGACUGGAGAGUAUGUCUCUUGUCUCUCAGCAGGAUCGUUUCUUGACAACGUAAAUUUUGUAACUGCCAACAGUCAGAUCAACCUAUCUUCUUCAUCAUGUACUUAUGGAACAGACUCCUCCGGACGAAAUGAAUCUGGAGACAAGAAUUUAAAAGAAAGUCGCAAGCGGCGACGAAGACAACGAUCACCUGGUUCGUUUUCUGAAGCCGGGACUAGUGGCGACAGGCCAAAGAAAAAACGAAAUAAAAGCAGUUUAUGCAAAAAAUCUGGUGCCAGCAACGGAGUUCCAAGGCAUAAUGUAGGUAAUCAGGAACUGGUUGAUGAAGCCUCCGUAAAAAUCGCUGCUUGCGUAGAAAAAUACUCAUCUAUGACUCCCUACGUUGGAAGUGAUUUGGUUCCUAGGGAAAAUAUGGCUCCGCAUGACAACGUAGAUCGUGAUCAUAAUUUGUUGCCUUUGACUCAAUUUAACGUUUUUAGGGAAGAAAGCGUUUAUAGAAAUGCAAACGAAGUGCCAGUGAGUAUGAAAAAUUUUGCGCCUGAAGGAUUAAGCGGAUUAGAAACUGCGGAUUCAAAUGAUGAAUAUGAUUGCUACAAUUUGGUUGAAUUUGCAAAAUGUCAUAAGUUAUUGUUUUCUUCGUCACGAUUUAAUAUUUCGUCAGGAUUUAAUUGUUCAUAUUAGAACGUUUGAUUAAUGGAGACCAAUAGUACACAUACCAUAGCUAUAUAUGUUAAUAAUGUAUAUGGGUACCGUCAAACGGGGUAAUAAGGGACGGUUUUGAGAGUUUUUUGUUAAUAAC